UGUAAUUGAUGUUAUCCCAAGAAAGCCCAAUCCCCGCCCCUUUCAGCUCCGAGCCCUUCAGGUAAAAGGAAAAAAAAAAUCUUUCAAGAAUUUGUUGCCUUUUUGAGGGUUAAAACAUCAGAAGACAAGCUUGUCUCGCCUUGGCCAAUCAGCUCUCGGCCCUGGCAGCUAUAAUAUAGAACUAAAGGCAGACUCCUCUCACAAGCGUCUUGCUUUGCUACCAUUAAAAUCAGACCCUUUUUGUCUCUCGAUUGCUGUCUCCCGACCAAACUCCGAUGUGUUCCGUUAUCAGCGACCUAAAGGCUGCCAUUCCAGCACCUGUCUUGCUAGGGAUCGGUGGAUAGUAUACGAUCAGAAAGCAGACAAGGACAUAGGAGGAGAGAGAGCUCUAGAGAGACAGCCAGGGAUAGGCACAGAGAGCUGUGAAGUAAUUGGAUUCAAUGGACGAAAUGCUGCUGUUGACAAGAAUUCUCUUGGUGGGCUUCAUCUGCGCUCUUUUAGUCUCCUCUGGGCUGACUUGUGGACCAGGCAGGGGCAUUGGAAAAAGGAGGCACCCCAAAAAGCUGACCCCGUUAGCCUAUAAGCAGUUUAUUCCCAAUGUGGCAGAGAAGACCCUAGGGGCCAGUGGAAGAUAUGAAGGGAAGAUCACAAGAAACUCCGAGAGAUUUAAAGAACUAACCCCAAAUUACAACCCUGACAUUAUUUUUAAGGAUGAAGAGAACACGGGAGCUGACAGACUGAUGACUCAGGUAGAGCCACAGAGAUACCUGUAUUUGUGUUUGUUAACCUCUCUGAGCACCCCUAAAGGACGCAUCUGUCUUAGCAUUUUUGGGAGCCCCCCCCUUUCCCUCCCCCCUUCCCCCCGCCCUCCAAACUCGGCUACUUUCCCCCUCCACUUAACUCCUCUCGCCCAUCGAUCGCGCCGGCUCGGGUUUCACCCUUCCCUCCGCGAGCGGAGAGGAGGAGGCAGCGGCGGCGGCUCCGCGGGAGACGGGCUCCCGGCGGGGCGCAGCGCGGCGGAGCGGGCGCGGAGGAGCGGUGCGGGCCGGGGGCGGUGCGCGGAUGCCCUCCCGGGGCACGGCUCCCGCCGCAUUAGCCGGCAGCGGCUCUAUGCUUGGGGCACGUUGGGAAAUGUGUCUCUGCACCCUGUCCCGCUGAUCACCCCUCUAACCCCCUUGUUCCUCUCUCUUUGCGCAGAAAACUCAGUGGCAGCCAAAUCGGGAGGCUGCUUCCCUGGCUCGGCCACAGUGCACCUGGAGCACGGUGGCACCAAGCUGGUAAAGGACCUGAGCCCUGGAGACCGCGUGCUGGCUGCCGACGCGGAUGGCCAGCUGCUCUACAGCGACUUCCUCACCUUCCUCGACCGGGAGGAUGGCUCCCGAAAGCUCUUCUACGUCAUCGAGACGCGGCAGCCCCGGGCCCGGCUGCUGCUAACGGCGGCCCACCUGCUCUUUGUGGCCCCCCAGCACAACCAGUCGGAGGCCACAGGGCCCACCAGUGGCCAGGCGCUCUUCGCCAGCAACGUGAGGCCUGGCCAACGCGUCUAUGUGCUGGGCGAGGGCGGGCGGCAGCUGCUGCCGGCGGCUGUCCACAGCGUCUCGUUGCGGGAGGAGGCGUCGGGAGCCUACGCCCCGCUCACUGCCCAAGGCACCAUCCUCAUCAACCGGGUGCUGGCCUCUUGCUACGCCGUCAUCGAGGAGCACGGUUGGGCCCAUUGGGCCUUCGCACCAUUCCGCUUGGCUCAGGGGCUGCUGGCCGCCCUCUGCCCAGAUGGGGCCAUCCCUACCGCCGCCACCACCACUACCGGCAUCCAUUGGUAUUCACGGCUCCUCUACCGCAUCGGCAGCUGGGUGCUGGAUGGUGAUGCGCUGCACCCGCUGGGCAUGGUGGCACCGGCCAGCUGAGAGCGGCUGGAGAGGGACAGAGACGGAGCGUGGGAGAGAGAGAGAGAGAGAGAGAGAGAGAACAGGGGGGGAAGGAGAAAAAAAGGAAAGAAAAAAAAAAAAGAAAUAACCCAAAUGGAAAGGAAAAAAAAAAAAAAGGAAAAAUAAUACAUAUUUUUAAAAGAGAGCACGGAUUAAGACUUAAAAAUAAUAAUAAUAAAAUAAUAAUAAUUAAGUAGGACAGUCCAAAGUAGACUUUAAGGGAAACAAAGACCCCGGGAAGUUCUGUUCCGUUUAGUUUAUAAAUAUAUAUAUAUUUUUAUUUGUUCUUUUGUUGUUUUGUUCAUUGUUUUGUUGUUGUUGUUGUUGGUUUUAUUUUUUCCUCCUCUCCUGGAUAUUUAUUUCUUUGGUAUGUCGAAUAGAUGUUUUAAAUGAUAUGAACCGGACCUUCAAGAGCCUUAAAUAGUUUCUUUGAUAAUUUAUUAUCAUGCGAACUGUUCUCACAGGGGAAAAAAUUAUUUUGUGAGGCCGAGCAAAACUGCGCAGAGUCUAUUUUUCUACAUGUCACGUGUGUCCUGACUUUCAGAAAGCAAAAUUCUGUACUUUCCCAUCUCUCCAUUACUUUGCUCCUUCAUUUCAGCGAGUCUAGAGAAACAAGCAAGCGAACAAAUAUACAAAAAAAAAAAAAAAAAGACAAAACUUCACGGGGGUCCGUAAAUUAUAUUUUUAUACACAGAAUUGUAAAUUAGAUUUUUUUGAGAGAUCAAUACUUAACUGAAUCACAUUUCGUUUUUUGAAAUAGUGUAAAAUAUGAGAAUAUAUUAUUUUAAUUUAAAUAGUUUCAAAUGUAACGUCAUUUCCUGUAUUGUUUUCCAUGUCUCUUAAAUAUUUUUGCUUUGUAAAAAAAACACCAUUUGGCCACGUUCAUGGAAGUCAAGACUGUUACACAAACUCUUUAUUUGCAAAAACCGUAAGAAACUUUGUUAUUUUUAACUUCAAGAAAAAUUUAUUAGAAAAUAAUAUUUUUUAAGAAGCGCACAUGGCGGCAAUUCUGUGACGAUGGAGACGGUAGUUUGUACAGAGGGGAGAAAAGGAUGUUUUGCAUUAAUAAAUUGAGAAAUAACUGCUGUAAAUUUACUAAAAUGUAUUUUUGAAUAUUUUGUAAUAGUUUUAAUAGUUUUAUAGAAAUAAAAUGUGCCAUGCACAGUCUGGUUAGUA